UCAUUCAUUCCUUUUUCGAUUUGCAUUGCACCGCGUGUAUUUGCUGCGCAACGCAAUCGCUUUGAUUUUUUAAUUUCUCUCGUGAAAAAAUAUAAUUUUCAUAUCAAAAUGAGUUUGUACAACUUUAAGAAGAUUAUGGUGGUCCCGCCAGCAAAGGACUUCAUUGAUAUAAUGUUGUCGAAGACCCAACGAAAGACUCCCACUGUUGUGCACAAGGGCUACAAGAUUUCGCGUAUUCGUGCCUUCUACACACGCAAAGUCAAAUAUACACAACAGAACUUUCAUGACCGUCUGUCACAGAUAAUACAGGACUUCCCGAAACUGGACGAUGUGCAUCCCUUCUAUGCUGAUUUGAUGAAUGUGCUGUACGAUAAGGACCAUUACAAAUUAGCUUUAGGUCAACUCAAUACUGCCAGGCAUCUCAUCGACAAUGUCGCUAAGGACUAUGUUCGUUUAUUGAAAUAUGGCGAUUCGCUUUAUCGCUGUAAACAGCUGAAGAAAGCAGCUCUGGGUCGUAUGGCAACCAUUUUAAAGAAGCAAGCAAGCAAUCUUACAUAUUUGGAGCAAGUGCGUCAACAUCUGUCGCGUUUACCCACAAUUGAUCCCUAUUCGCGGACGAUAAUAAUUUGCGGUUUCCCUAAUGUAGGCAAGUCUUCGUUCAUCAAUAAAAUUACGCGUGCCGAUGUAGAAGUGCAGCCUUAUGCUUUCACCACCAAAUCGUUGUAUGUUGGGCACACAGACUACAAAUAUUUGCGCUGGCAGGUUAUCGAUACACCCGGUAUAUUGGAUCAUCCAUUAGAGGAACGCAAUGUCAUAGAAAUGCAAGCCAUUACAGCACUAGCCCACUUGCGUGCCUGUGUUUUGUACUUUAUGGAUAUUUCCGAGCAGUGCGGGCAUUCACUAGAAGAACAAGUGCAACUCUUCGAGAGCAUUAAACCUCUGUUCACAAAUAAGCCACUGAUAUUGGCGAUCAACAAAAUCGACAUUCUUGGUCUUGAAGAUUUGUCAGAAGAACGUCGCGCUAUUAUUACCAAAUUGCAAGAGGAUAAGAGUGUGCCGGUCAUGUUCACUUCUACCGUAAAUGAGGAAGGCGUAAUGGAAGUAAAAAUGGAAGCCUGCGAGCGUCUGCUCUCGUUCCGUGUUGAUCAAAAGAUGCGCACAAAAAAAGUAGAUAAUAUCCUAAAUCGUCUGCAUGUAGCAAUGCCCACGCCGCGUGAUGAAAAAGAUCGUGCGCCAUGUAUACCCCAGCAAGCACUGGCUCGUCUUGAAAAGAACGCGGAAAGAGCUGAGCGUAAACGUAAACUUGAAAAAGAAAUCGAAGAGGAAAUGGGUGAUGACUAUAUUUUGGAUCUACAGAAGAACUACAGCGAAAUACCCGAAGAGGAACGCUACGAUGUUAUACCAGAAUUUUGGGAUGGCCACAAUAUUGCCGACUAUAUUGACCCAGACAUCUUCUCGAAAUUGGAAGAACUUGAACUCGCAGAGGGUAUUCGUGAAGAAGGCGGUGUUUAUGCUCCACCUGAUAUGACCAUGGAUGAGACACUGAAGGAAAUUCGCGAAAUUGCGAAACAAAUUCGCGGCAAACGCUUCCAGUUGCGCGACGACCGCCGCUUGGCUUCCAAAAAGAAUAAGCCGGCGAUGCCACGUCACAAGCAGCCGAAGGUGCGUGAUCGUUCGGUGGCUAAAUUGCGUGAAACAAUGCAGAACCUUGGUGUCGACAUGUCUGGUACCGAAAAUGCUAACUUUACUAAGUCGGUUGUCGAUCUCCGCCGCAGUGUUGUGGCAGUUGGUACGAAGGAGUUAAAGAAACCAUUGCUAGACAAAGAAUCUUCGGCUAUAGUGAAAAAGACCGGGCAGCCACUGAAACGGGCGCCAUCUCGAGACACAUUGGGCGUUAAGAAUGUGGCGAUGAAGAAGAAGGCCCAACUGAUGGCGAAACGAGACAUUGCUAAGAAGGUGACACGACUGGGAUUGAAGGGCGAAGCCGAUCGUUUCAUCGGUACCAAGAUGCCCAAGCAUUUGUACUCUGGCAAACGUGGUACGGGUAAAACGGACAGGCGUUAAGCGUUUACUCAGAGUAAUUGGGCGGGCAAUAUGUAGACAGCAUAAGCUCUUAUUUUGAAUUAUAUGCAUAUGUAAAACACGAGAAAUAUGAUUCUACAUUGAAUAUUGAAA